AAUCUCAACAACAAAAAGAAGAGUCAGCUGUGCACCUGACAUCUCUUAUUUAAGUGUCUCCUACUUACAGCCACACACACUCUCUCUCUUCUACUUACACCUCACACUUGCUACAAAGAAGGAAAGUGUGUGGUGGUCCUACAUAUAUAGAGGAAAGACAUAACUAGCGUGAAGUCUGCCAUUACACAGCAAUGUUCGGUGCCUUGUCUUCCAACACUACUCAGGAUCAUAAUCGCCCUGAGCUUUAUGAAGAGGUUAAGCUUUAUACUAAUGCUCGGGAAAGAGAAAAGUAUGACAACCUUGCUGAGCUCUAUGCUGUUAUGAAUACUCUACAAUCUCUGGAGAAGAUGUACAUUAAGGAUGUGGUUCCACCCAAGGAGUACACAGCCUGGUGCAGCAAACUACUUGUUCAAUAUAAAGCUGCCUUUAAACUGGUACAGUGUGAUGAAUACCCUACAGUGGAAGCCUUUGUCAAAAAGUACAAGCUUGAUUGUCCAGCAGCUUUAGAUCGUAUACGUGAAGAUCGUCCAAUCACCAUUAAGGAUGACAAGGGCAAUACCAGCAAGUGCAUUGCUGAUAUAGUAUCUUUGUUCAUCACUGUCAUGGACAAACUGAGGUUAGGUAUCAAUGCAAAUGAUGAACUGCAGCCAGACUUGAAGGACCUCCUAGAAAACAUGACAAGACUGUCUGUGAUACCACAAGAUUUUGAAGGCCGAGCAAAAGUUAAGGAAUGGAUUGGGACUCUGGAAGGUAUGACAGCAGAUGAGACUUUGUCAGAAACUCAAGUUCGACAGAUGAUCUUUGAUUUGGAAUCGGCAUACAAUGCCUUUAAUCGACUCCUGCAGCACACUUAAGUUUUUGUACAUUCUUUCAAAAAUUAUCCUGGUUUCAGUUUUUUCAUAAUGUAGGAGAUUCAUAUAGGCUAUGUGCAUUCAUUGUUGUUCCUUGAUACAAGGUUUUGUUUAAUACAGUGUUUGAAAUGCCUUAUUUGCAAUUACUGUACCUGUCUGUAGUUAUAGUAGCUGAGUUAUACUCAUUGUCUCUCAUCUGUGUUCUUUAGUUUGUCAUGUAAUUUUUAAAGGCCUCCAGUGGCUGUAGCACUUACUACAUUCUCUUGUAUCCCAUUCCAGUGUUUUACCGUCAAAAAUGGACAUUAUAAAUGAGAAACUUACCUAACUAAGACCAUACUGGUAAAAGCAUUCUAAAUGUAAAAUGGAAAACUACCCAAUGUGGAAAAUAGGAAAGAAAGAUGGACAGUUAGCAAUAUCUGUGAAAGAAACUUCAUGCUAUAAAAACUUCUAAGUUUGUAUAUGCUAUCAAAUCUAGUGGUAGACACAGAAAACAGAAAGUCCUAAUAGUCAGUGGAUGUAGCCUGUCUAACAACACGGCAGAUAGAAAAGAAUAUAAACAGAUGAAUGAAGAUUGCAAGGUAUGCUAAAGGAACUAUUAAGCAAGCGUGAUAAGGAAAAAAUCAUUGUGAUCAAAAGUUUUAAUGAUAAAGAAGUAGACUGGAUAGCCCGUAAGUGGCGUAUGGUAGGUAUAAACCAAUUUUAAAAGAAAUUUUCCCCUGAAACUAUGAACAAAUUGCCAGUCACGACUAUGUAGUAUUUGCACAGUAAAGCAACUGGAGUGGAGUAGAAACAGAUCAUUACUAUUAGCACAGUAUAGAAGCAACUGGAGUGGAGUAGAAACAGAUCAUUACUAGAGUCUAGGAGCCAUCAUCAGUAAGACUCGCCAGAAAAUCACAUAAAUAAAAUUAUAAGAAAGAUGGCAUAUGCAUUGUUGGCAAACAAAUGGUCUUCAUGUUGAUGGAUAGAAAAUUGCUAAAAGAACUGUUCACACUGUAUAUUAGACUAAAAUUGGAAUGGAAUAUGCAC